CCACGCCCUCCUGGGGACGGCGCGGCCACCCGACGUCACCUCGGGGCCGCCGGGGUCGUCAAAUGUCACCGAGGGUCGCCGAUGUCCACCCAAGGUCAUCAAAUGUCACCAAAGGUCACCAAUGGUCACCAGAUGUCACCGAGGGUCGCCGAUGUCCACCCAAGGUCAUCAAAUGUCACCAAAGGUCACCAAUGGUCACCCAAGGUCACCAAUGUCCACCCAAGGUCAUCAAAUGUCACCAAAGGUCACCAAUGGUCACCAACGUCCACCCAAGGUCAUCAAAUGUCAAUAAAUGUCACCAACGUCCACCAAAUGUCACCAAGGGUCACUGAUGUGCACCCAAGGUCACCGAUGGCCACCCAAGGUCAUCAAAUGUCACCAAGGGUCACCAAUGUCCACCCAAUGUCCACCCAAGGCCAUCAAAUGUCACCAAAUGUCACCAGGGGUCAUCAACGUCCACCCCAGGAUCACCUGGAGAUGGUACCAGGAGACUGGGGACACCAGGGGAGCACCUGGGGAGCACCUGGGGUCUUACCUGUACCCAGGUGUGUGCGUGUUACCUGUCCAGGUGUGUGUGUGUUACCUGUACUCAGGUGUGUGUGUUACCUGUACCCAGGUGUGUGUGUUACCUGUACCCAGGUGUGUGUGUGUUACCUGCGCAGGUGUGUGUUACCUGUACUCAGGUGUGUGUGCGUGUUACCUGUCCAGGUGUGUGUGUGUUACCUGUACCCAGGUGUGUGUGUGUUACCUGUCCAGGUGUGUGUGUGUUACCUGUACCCAGGUGUGUGUGUUACCUGUACCCAGGUGUGUGUGCGUGUUACCUGUCCAGGUGUGUGUGUGUUACCUGUACCCAGGUGUGUGUGUUACCUGUACCCAGGUGUGUGUGUGUUACCUGUACUCAGGUGUGUGUGUUACCUGUACCCAGGUGUGUGUGUUACCUGUCCAGGUGUGUGUGUGUUACCUGUACCCAGGUGUGUGUGUGUUACCUGUACUCAGGUGUGUGUGUGUUACCUGCGCAGGUGUGUGUGUGUUACCUGUACCCAGGUGUGUGUGUGUGUUACCUGUACCCAGGUGUGUGUGUGUUACCUGUCCAGGUGUGUGUGUGUUACCUGUACCCAGGUGUGUGUGUUACCUGUACCCAGGUGUGUGUGCGUGUUACCUGUCCAGGUGUGUGUGUGUUACCUGUACCCAGGUGUGUGUGUUACCUGUACCCAGGUGUGUGUGUGUUACCUGUACUCAGGUGUGUGUGUUACCUGUACCCAGGUGUGUGUGUUACCUGUCCAGGUGUGUGUGUGUUACCUGCGCAGGUGUGUGUUACCUGUACUCAGGUGUGUGUGCGUGUUACCUGUCCAGGUGUGUGUGUGUUACCUGUACCCAGGUGUGUGUGCGUGUUACCUGUCCAGGUGUGUGUGUGUUACCUGUACCCAGGUGUGUGUGUGUUACCUGUACUCAGGUGUGUGUGUUACCUGUACCCAGGUGUGUGUGUGUUACCUGUACUCAGGUGUGUGCGUGUUACCUGCGCAGGUGUGUGUGUGUUACUUGUACAAGCGUGUGUGUGUGUGUUACCUGUAUGGGUGUGAGGUGUAUGUGUGUGUGUGUUACCUGUACAGAUGCGUGUGUGUGUUACCUGUCCAGGUGUCUGUAUGUGUGUUACCUGUACAGGUAUGAGGUGUUUGUGUGAACUGUACAGGUGUGUGUGUCUGUUACCUGUACAAGUGUGUGUGUGUGUGUUACCUGUACAGCUGUACCCAGGUGUACCUCAGGAGUGGUACUUGUACAGGUGUACCCAGGUGUACCUGUACAGGUGUGUUACCUGUCCCAGGUGUCCCCAGGCGUCCCUCAGGUGUGUUACCUGUCCC